AUGCCAUGUGCCACUUCCUCAAGGACCCGUAUCUUCCAGCCGCAGCCCAUUUCUGCCGGGCUGGGGCUCAGCCCGGACGGGAGCCACAAAGAAGCUCAAGGGGGACCUCGCCCUCCCGCUGCCUUCGCCUCCCCGGGUCCGCGAAGGCCGAGCGGGGGUAGCGCAGGAAGCGCAGCGAUGCCAGCGGGGUGGAGGUGGCUGGAAGAGGGACCACUGCCAUCUGAUGCCAGCGGGGUGAAGGUGGCUGGAAGAGGGACCACUGCCAUCUUAAUGACACAGCACGGCCUCGCCCCCCGCCUCCCGGGCCACGCCGCGCGGCGAGGCCGGAGAGGCGGCUCAGACCCGGGCAGGGCGGGACCCCCGGCCCCCCGCAGCCCGCAGCCCAGCCUCGCCGAGUCGCUGGCGGGCACUGACCAGGAGCGGGACCCGCGCUCUCCCACGCCCGGUAUCUCCCGCACGCCCAUGCGAGCCGUGUCGAGUGACAGCGUGGACCGCCUGGUGAAGCAGCUCAGCGAGGCCUUCGGGGCCGAAGCCGCGGCCCCGGAGCCGGCGCCGCCGGGACCCGGGGCACCGCUCUGGGAACCCUCGCGUUAUCAAACCGAAAUUGUUUUCAGCCUGUAUUCAGAACCAAGAGUGAGCAAGCCCAUACGACCCAAGCCCAACAACAAAUUCAUGGCGACACCUGGAGGAACUGGCCGCUCUCCCCUCAGCAUUCUACGAGAUGAUAAUUCUCCCAGUGCUCCUGCCCCUCGCCAGGGCAAGAGGCACGUGUUGGGAGAGAACCUUGGAGAGAAGAAGGACGUGGAUCUGAGCAGGAGCCUUAAAUCUGGGAACUGUGCUUGGAGUGACUUGAACAAAGAGAACCAACAGUGUCCUUUUGUGGAGAACUAAACAUUUUUCAGGAUCUUCCUAUAAUUUGCUCCUAUGUUUUCAGAAUUUUCUGGUGGGGAGAAAUCCUACAAUAGACUGAAACCCCAAAGCAGUGGUCACAUUUUUCACCUAUCCCUACUGGGGAAAGAUCUCUCCCUCCUCUUCCUAGUUUGUCAUGUUUUAUGUCCAGCACAGACUUUGUGUCUUUUAUUGUAUAUCAUCUGUAUUGAUUUUUCCAUAGAGUUUUUAUCUCUAGUAAAUAAAUUUGUG